AUGGUUCAGGGACGAGUUCUCGUAAUUGCUGGCUCGGACUGCUCCGGCGGAGCCGGCCUCGAGGCGGACCAAAAGGUCAUUGCAGCGCACGGCUGUUAUGCCAUGACCGCCACCACGGCCCUGACGGCGCAGGAUACGACCGGCGUGCACGAUAUCCACCAUGUGCCGCAAAAGUUUCUGCUUAAGCAGAUUGAUGCUUGCAUUGGCGACAUCGGCGUGGACGUUGUCAAGACUGGCAUGCUGGCUUCGCCUGCCACGAUCAGGACGGUCGUUGACGCUCUCAAGAGGCACAAUGUCCCCAAGGUGGUCGUGGACCCGGUCAUGAUUGCGACCAGCGGAGCAGAGCUGCUCCCCCGCGAAGCCGUCGCCGAGCUGUUGGAGCGUUUGCUGAAGCUCACCACCGUCCUCACGCCCAACAUUCCCGAGGCCAAGCUCAUCCUCGAGGACUCGGGGUACAAAUCAAUCAACGUGAAUAGCGUUAAAGACCUCGAGGAGAUGGCAAAGUCGGUCCAGGCGCUUGGGCCCGAGUGGGUGCUCGUCAAGGGCGGACACGCACCUUUCAAGGAGGAUCUCACUGUGGCACAGAGCGAGGGGGAAAAGGCUGUCGUCGUGGAUGUGCUCUACGGACACGGCGAGUUUUGGCAUAUCCGGAGCCCUUACCAGAGCUCGACUAACACGCACGGCACCGGUUGUUCGUUGGCCUCUGCUAUUGCGUCUAACCUGGCAAAGGGUCUCGGGGUGCCGGAAGCUGUCAAGUCGGCUUGCCGGUAUAUAGAGGCCGCGAUUAAGACCGCUCCCGGGUACGGAAAGGGACACGGUCCGUUGAACCACUUUCACUCCAUCCAGACGCUGCCCUUUGCACCGGGGCGUUUCAUUGAGUACAUGCUUGAGAGACCAGACGUCAGGGAUGUUUGGAAGACCUUUGUAUACCAUCCUUUCGUCAUGGCCAUGGGAGAUGGCACACUGCCCAUGGAUUCGUUCAAGCAGUACCUCAUCCAGGAUUAUCUCUACCUCGUCCAUUUCGCCAGAGCCAACGCGCUGGCUUCUUACAAGGCAAAGAGCAUAGCAGACAUCGCAGCUGGUGCUACAAUCGUCAAUCAUAUCACCCGUGAGAUGAGCCUGCACAUCGACUAUUGCAAGGGUUUCGGCAUCACUGUCCCAGAAAUCGAGGCCACUGAAGAACAUCAAGCCUGUACGGCGUACACGCGCUACGUCCUCGACGUGGGUGUCAGCGAGGACUGGAUCGCCCUGCAAAUGGCCCUCGCGCCGUGCCUGCUCGGGUACGGCGCCGUGGCGAACCAGCUCCACGGCGAUGUCAAGACGAAGCGCGAGGAUAACACAUACUGGAAGUGGAUCGAGAACUACGUCGCUGAUGACUAUGUCGGGGCGGUUAGGACCGGUUCUGACUUGAUUGAGAGACACGCUGCCUUGCAGAGCCCGUCGAGUAUAGAGCGGUUGGUCAAGAUAUUCAUUCACGGCACAAAGAUGGAGAUUGGAUUCUGGGAAAUGUUUCCUUACCGGUGA